UUCCUCCUUGCGGUUCCGCCGAGCAGGCAGGCAGGGCUGGCGAAGCGAUGAGCCCCGUGGCAUUAAUGCUAGGCUUGAAGACCUUGUGGGUUUUGGCUUUUUCCUCUCUUUCCAACACGCUGGCGGUGAAUAACAGCGGCCGAUGGUGGGGAAUCAUCAAUGUGGCCUCCUCUACCAACUUGCUGACCGACUCCAAGAACGUGCAGCUGGUGCUGGAUCCUUCCCUCCAGCUGCUGAGCCGCAAGCAGCGUAAGCUCAUCCGCCAGAAUCCAGGCAUCCUCCACAGCAUCAGCAGCGGCCUGCAAACCGCCAUCAAGGAGUGCAAGUGGCAGUUCCGCAACCGGCGGUGGAAUUGCCCCACCACGCCGGGGCCCAACAUUUUUGGCAAGAUUGUCAACAGAGGCUGCCGAGAGACUGCUUUCAUCUUUGCGAUCACCAGUGCUGGCGUGACACACUCAGUGGCCCGCUCAUGCUCUGAAGGCUCCAUCGAGUCGUGCACCUGUGACUACCGUCGGCGUGGGCCCGGGGGUCCCGACUGGCAUUGGGGCGGCUGUAGUGACAACGUUGACUUCGGCAGGGUCUUUGGACGAGAGUUCGUCGACUCCAACGAGAAGGGGCGGGACCUGCGUUUCCUGAUGAAUUUACACAACAAUGAGGCAGGACGUCUGACAGUCUUCACCGAGAUGCGCCAGGAAUGCAAAUGCCACGGGAUGUCGGGCUCUUGCACGGUCAAGACCUGCUGGAUGCGGCUGCCCACUUUCCGGACAGUGGGAGACUUCCUCAAGGACCGCUUCGACGGGGCCUCGCGGGUCAUCUACGGCAACAAGGGCAGCAACCGGGCCUCCCGCGUGGAGCUGCAUCACCUGGAGCCAGAGAAUCCUGCCCACAAACCCCCUUCCCCCCAUGACCUUGUCUACUUUGAGAAAUCCCCCAACUUCUGCACCUACAGUGGCAAGACAGGCACGGCCGGGACGGCCGGCCGCUCUUGCAACAGCUCCUCCCCGGCCUUGGAUGGCUGCGAGCUGCUGUGCUGUGGGAGAGGCUACCGGACCCGGACCCAGCGGGUCACGGAGCGCUGCAACUGCACGUUCCACUGGUGCUGCCACGUCAGCUGCUUGAACUGCACAAACAUGCAGGUGUUGCACGAAUGCUUGUGAACGAGGAAGGGAAAGCAAAGGACCUUCCCCCACCGAGAAAAGCCACAAAAAUGUUCCU